CAUUGAUAAGAUAAGAAAUACAGCUGGAGCUCCUCCCCUGAAGGUGUAAUAAGAGCGACGGUCACUGAAGGGUGUCUCGCUCCCCGGGAGUGUGGCUCACGAUGUGGCUCGCGCCUGCGCCGGGGGUCACUGGUGAGUGUGUUACCAGGCUGCUUAGUGAAGCAAGACAAUUUACACAACGACAGCACAGAUGGCCGUGACGUCCAGGAAGGCAUCAGUCUCUACGGACCAGUCAUCACUGGUCAUCAUCUCGAAGGCUGCCCAUGCAUCAUCAACCUCUUCGGUGAUGGCGGCCACCAAUUCGGCGGAUGCCCAUGGAUCAUCAGCCUCAUCAGACGAGUCAUCACGGGUCGUCACUUCAAAGAGUGCCCAUGGAUCAUCAGCCUCAUCAGACGAGUCAUCACGGGUCAUCACUUCCAAGAGUGCCCAUGGAUCAUCAGCCUCAUCGGUGAUGGCGGUCACCAAUUCGGCGGAUGCCCAUGGAUCAUCAGCCUCCACGGACCAGUCAUCACGGGUCAUUGCUUCAAAGGCUGCCCAUGAAUCAUCAGCCUCGACCAUAGCAGCGGAAGUCACCAAGUCUGGGGCUGCCCAUGAAACAUCAGCCUCCACGGACCAGUCAUCAUGGGUUGUCACUUCAAAGGCUGCCCAUGCAUCAGCCUCGAUCAUAGCAGCGGAGGUCUCCAAGUCUGGGGCUGCCCAUGAAACAUCAGCCUCCACGGACCAGUCAUCAUGGGUCGUCACUUCAAAGGCUGCCCAUGCAUCAGCCUCAUCGGUCCUGGCCACUCCGUCAGUGGCCGCACGCGGUGCAGGGCUCACCGCCCGGACGGGCUCGCCACACCGCCUCCCGUUGCACCGGAGGCUGGUGAAGACGGGCCCGUCGUCACAGAAGAGAGAGAAGUGGAGGCCGCUGAUGUUGUCCAGCAGCCAGGCCAGCGGCAUGGAAGAGGUGAAGACUGGCUUCCUAAGCGAGGCGCAUUGCACCCUGACGGCCGCGUUGCCGUCUUUCUUGCACAGCUUCGCAAAGGGCACACGCAGCUCACCCUCAGCGUGGCAGCCUUGAAUCCCUGCGACGCAAGACCAGCCUUCCACGGGGAGUUUGACGGAGGCGACCGUACGCCUCCUCUUCAGGCAGCAGGUGGAGUCCUUGCACGAGAGCUUGAUGGAGUCCACCAGGGAGGAGCCUCGCUCCAGGGUUACCCACACGUUGAAUUUCUGUCGAGAUGCAGAGUUUCCCAUCGUUGUUUCGAUGUGAUAUAAAAAAAUAUCCGUAUAUCGAGGAAAUCGGUGUUAGGUAAUAAAAGGAGGUGCUAUGUCCAUGAAGACCGACUGGCCUCCAGCAAAUUCUUUCUGCUGUAAUCUUGCCUAGUCGGCUAAGUAGUGCAGUUCACGCGUCGGAUGGCGGGUAACAGGGCUGCAGCAACACGCUUCUUCAUG